GAGGAAGAGAUUUUACAUUUUGCUGCUACAGAAGGACCAGAAUCAGUUAGCUCAGCUACGUCACGAACGUCUUCUUUAUCGCUGGCCUUGCUGUGAUAUAACGAUGAACCGGAUUCGUAUCCACGUGUUACCUUCCAGCAGGGGGAGGAUGGUACAGCCAGUACGUCCUAUCGAGCCCCAGACCUGCUCAUACAGUCACCGGCCUUGCUCCCAGCCAUGCCUUGAUGGCCUGGAGUUCUGCAUCAAACAUGUUCUUGAGGACAAGAGUGCCCCUUACAAGCAAUGCAGCUAUGUCUCCAACAAGAAUGGAAAGCGUUGUCCUAAUGCUGCCCCCAAACCAGAGAAGAAAGAGGGAGUGGCUUUUUGCGCUGAACACACCCAUAGAAAUGCACUAGCCCUCCAGGCACACUUGAGGAAGGCUUCCUCUGGUCCGUCCCCAGAGCUGCUUCUCUCCCAGCUGAGUACUUAUGGCCGGAGCAACUCUGACGUCUACAGUGUGGAGUGCACAGAUGAGGACAGCUGGAGUGACGAGGAGCAGGAUCCUGUAGUUCUUGACCAGACAUGGAGGGGUGACCCUGAUAGUGAAGCAGACAGCAUUGACAGUGACCAUGAUGACCCUCUCAAACAUGCAGGUGUUUAUACAGCUGAGGAAGUGGCCUUAAUCACACGGGAGAAACUGAUCCGGUUGCAGUCCCUCUACAUUGACCAGUUCAAACGUUUACAGCAUCUGCUAAAAGAAAAGAAGAGACGAUACUUGCAUAGCCGUAAACUGGAGCAUGACACCAUUAGUAGCAGUUUGUUAACUGGGCCUGAAGGCCUGUCUCUGAAAGAACGUGAGAACUUGCGGAAACUGAAGGCUCUACGAAGAUAUCGGUAUCGUUAUGGUGUUGAAGCACUCCUCCAUCGCCAGCUCAGGGAAAGACGGCAAGCAGUCACUGAUGGAGUAUCACAGGCUCACUGCCUUCGUCUCAGCCAGAGGUGCAUCUCCUUUGUAGAGGGCACCCGCUGCACCAAUCAGUGCCUCCCUAUGACCAGGCACUGUGUGUCUCACAUUUAUCAAGACAGCAGCCAGGUUCUAUUUAGGAUGUGCCCAGGUCUGAAAGACAUGCCAUGUGAUCGCCCAGUUCACAUGGGCCAAUCUGAGGAGCCCCAUUGUCCACUACAUAUGUCCCUUCCACCACCCAUGUACCGUCCCGAAGAGGCAACUCUGACACAGUCUCCGCUGCUUCCCACGCCUUCUGAGCUGUAUCUGAGUACAGCUGAGCUACAGCCAACAGAAAAUCUGCCCCUGGAAUUCAGUGAUGAUUUGGAUGUGGUUGGAGAUGGCUUGCAGUGUCCUCCCUCCCCACUGCUCUUUGACACCGCACUGGCUCUAGAGGACCAGACCAUACGCGCCAUCGCAGAAGCCCCAAUGGAUAUCCUCACAGAGGUGGAGUCUUCUGAAUUGGAUGCCCGUAUCCCUGGAGCAGAUAUCUUGGAGAGGGAACAGGUCUCCACUGAUGAUCAGAUUUUCUCUGGAAGGAAGUUGACCAAAGAACCAGCAACAGCCCAGCAAAACUCGACACAGACGAGGACAGGACAAUGGACACAGGACAAGGGUGUAGCCAGUAGAAUAUGAUGGACCGAAGGACAUAGUUCUCACAUGCUGUAUAAUAUACUGCUUGCUGUCUCAACUUCCACAACCUUCAAUCCUCUCCAGUUCUCCAUCUGAGAGCUUUCGGCUAAGUUCUUGUGAGACCACUGGAUUUGAUUGUGUCACUGAACAUGCAAUGCUUGCAUUGCCCUUCAAAAGCUUGAAUUAGUCUUAACAGCAUAACAGCAAAAGAAGGGUUUUAGCAUAAGACGGGAGAUGUGUGGUUAAUUUCAUGUGUCCACCAAUACAAGUUCAUUAAUCUUUUCUCAGACUCUGUCAUUGGAUGGAAGAAUAGUUGCAGGUUUCUAAGUACUUGUACUAAGUAUAUCAAACCCUCUGUUUCUUAGUGUGUGUAUGUCCAGGCAUCCUAGUAUAGUUACCACAUCUGUGAGCCAAAGCCAUAAGAUGUGACUUUGAGAUCCAUGGGAAAUACAAAUAGUGGACCUAAAGUCAUAUUUUAGAUUGUAGUGGAAUUUCAGAAUAUAAUGUCUUCAUUUUUUGCAUUUUUCAGACAUUAAAACAUACAUUAAGCGCCAGCCCACAAUGAGGAGAUUUUAAGAGAUUUGCAAGUAUUUGGUUGGCUGUGGCACUUAACAUUAGCUCUCGCUGAGGCAGGGUUAAAGGAAUUGGUAGGCUCGGGAUUAAUGCCUGUUUCCUGCAUUGAUAAAAGAUCAGAGCAAAUAUCACAAUUAUCCACAUUUGUCACAUAGACAAAAUGUAUCUCUUAAAGGAACACUGCAACUUUUGGGUAAAUGAUCUUAUUUGCCAUCUCUCUCUUUGUGCGCACAAAAACCUGGCAUAAUCUUAACAUAACUCUUUGCAAUAUUGAAGGAUAGAUUCUUGGUUACAGUGGAUUUCACUGUUGCGAAGCCUGCUUGUUGUAAGUUCAGUCAUUGUUUACACUGAUCUGAGAUGGUGAAAUAAAAAAAUAAAUAAA